AUGGAAAAGAAGGAGAACCUAGACAAGAAAGUCUCCAAAAUUAGAGGUGACAUCAUUAACAAAAAGAGCAAGAAACUUAAUAGAGAACUCAAUAUUAUCAGGAAUAGUGAUAUCAACGAGAAUAUCACUACUGAGGACACGAACAAAGAGAUUCCACACCCGAGUAAUAUGGAUGGCAGGUUACCCGCUGAUGAAGAAGAAUGGACCCUAGUCACACACAAAAAGAACAGACCAAAACAAAGAGCCCCUAACAGAGGAGAACGUGUCUAUGACUAUGAAUACAAUACCCCAAGAGACAGACAUGACCAAUAUGGAUACAGGCAACAGACGAAUCAAUUCAGGUGGGGUAGAGAAAGACACAACCACACACCCAAUAACAGAGGCCAGUGGGGAUACCAUCGCCGCUUCAGACAGGGUAACAAUGGGGCCACGAAUAAUAACGACCAGAAUGAAGAAUUCAGGUACAGCAGGGAGCUUAACCAAUCAAAUCUCCACCGACCUCACUACCAUAGAGAGAAUUUCUAUUCUCCACGUUGGAAUCGUUACAACAGAUUCAUAUACGGACAUAAUCAAUAUCCAAGAUGGAGAAACAACGACAGACCCAUCUAUGAGAAUGACUAUGCUCAAGAAGAAGGCAGGAGACAUUAUGGUGUUGGAUACGGGGAAGACCCAUACACACCGAACAACUAUAUGAAGACACAAUAUCAUCACAAUCACAAUCAUCACUUCUACAAUUCUAACGACUAUAGAAGACAACAUCAGGGGUAUAAGAAUACACCCAAUACUAACAGAGAAAGACCUAGUGACAAGAUACCAAACCGGGCGACUGCACAACAAGAACCUAGACAGGCAAACAUGACACCUAUGAAUAAGGUCGUUAGCAGAAAUCUAGACGACACUCUAACAGCCUCCACCUCUGGACACCGUUUUUUAGAGGAACAUCAAAUCACAACCAAGGAGUUAGAAAGAACAUCUGUAAAAAGGAAGAACCUAAACAUAGACGAAUUUCAGAACCCAAUGGAAAAAAGAAAAACCAUAGAGGAAAAAGGGGCGGAAGGAGAAUAA